GGGGGGUCUACUGGGCCCUUGAGCCCCUCUUUAGCCACAGGUAAUGUUGUGUUAGCCUCAGGCACCAACUAGCAACCUAAAUUGUGACGCCGCCUGAGCGGGAAAGCAGCACUAAGAGAGCAAACCCGGCUGGGCUGGGCGGCGACAGCGGACUGGGCCGCUCAAAAGUUCUCCGCCUUUCUGAAGGAGUUCCUUGGUGAGGCGAGAGAUGGGAAAAGUUCAGGCUUCCCUUUGCCCCCAGCAGUAGCACCACCACCACCAGUCGUCGCAACCAUGUCGAACCCCGCCAACAAGAAGGACUCUCUGGAUCUGCCGCCGAGCACCUCUCAGGGAGGCCGGAGAGACUUAGCGGACGACUUGGCCGCAGUUCGAAGCUCCGCCCACCGCCACAGCGUCGGCUCCGCCAGCGGCUCCGGUGCAGAGGGCUGGCCCGCCUCGCAUAUUUCCUUGUCGACGCUCCUCGGCCUCCGUGGGUUCGGCUUCAUUCAGAGUGGCAGUGCCCCCAUUACCACCACCGACAAGUACAAAGGGGACAAGGCGCGCGCUCUCCUCAUGAUGUUACUGAGAAGUCAGAAGGCAUCUGAAGAAUCAGCGUCUAAUCACUCCAUUGAUGUACAUAAUUUAGUUCCUUGUGGUGAUGUGGCUGGCUUGCUGGGAGUUACCAUAAAGCAGUGCAAAGAUUUCACCCCCAAAUUCACUGUUAAACAUGACACCUACUUGCUGAUUCGUAUUAGCAUUGAUAAAAUCAUGAAAUGCACAAACCCUCAAACUUACCGAGCAAACAAGAAGAACAGUGCAAUUUGUUUUGGCGAUGUGAGAUAUUUUUCUGUAAAGGUCCCAAAGCAGAAAAGUGAUCCUAGGAACAGAAUUUCUUUAGAACUGGUGGGCUUUGAAAGUCCAAAAGACUUUCCGAGGCUCUAUGGGAAUGUAAGUAUGCAUCUUUAUGAAGUCAUUCAGAAGCAGUCCUUCACUGAAAUAUGUGCUAUGAGAAUUAGAAAUAUGGUCUUCUGCACAGUAGAGGUGGAAUUUAUGUUCUGCUAUGGAUGUCUUGGAUAUGGAUAUUCACAUCAGCUGAAACUGCCAGGUGCAGAUCCUGCCAAAGCUGUGGCAUAUUCCAUGUUUCUGCGGGUUCCUCCACCAGAAGACAGAAAAGACAAUUCAAGCAAUGCCAUCAAGCCACUGCGCAUGGAUUACCCUGCAUUCUUAUCUCCAGACCUAAAUGUUACAGUUGGAAACUUUGAGCUUGACAAACCUGCAGAAGUUUCAGAACACUACAAAAGCCUUCAGAAGGCUUUGAAACAACCACCUCGAGAAAGACUGGAGAAACUGAAAAAUGAAUAUCGGAGUCUAAAAACAUGGCGUGAAAAGGCUGAUUAUUUAGAUCAACUGAUCUUAAAAAGGGGACCAAAACUAAGACCUGGUCAAACAAAGGUAUCUCGCUUCAAGGAACUUGUUGGGAGGAUACAACGCCCUCAAGCUCCAAGUUCAAUUUAUUCUUCCUCAGAGGCAGUAAUUAAAGAAGAAAAAUCAGCUGAACAAGACUUAGCGAAAUGGUCAAGUCUUCUAUCUAGCCCACAAUUGCAAGUUCCUGCACCUGUGCCAUCCCAUGAAGAAUCAGAUUCAGAAUCGAUUCAUAAACUUACUGAGUGUGCUGAAAAAAUGCAUCUUGUUCUAGCGCUGCCUGUAACAUCUAGCACUACCUGUUCUCCAGGAUCUUCAGAUGGGGGAGAGAACCUGCUACAGAAGGUUGUAAGAGAAAAAUUUCGUCGUGAGUCUGAAACCUCUCUAUCAAGUUCUGCUGAUCACGCAGCAGAAUUGUCUGAGACUGGGGAUUCAGAAAGCCCUACUUUUCCAGGUCCAGAGAGCAAAGUGAUAGAUGAGGAAUUACCUGUCGUAGCAAAAAAAUCAUCUAUCAAAGAAUAUCUGCCAGAACCAAUACAGGAAUCACAUUCUAAGUCUGAAGUUUCUGUGAGUGUCUCAGCUCUGUUGGUGGCACCUAAACCAUCAGAUUCAGUUGUUGAACCAGUACAGCAAUGGCCUUGGAAAGAUGUGUUCCAGGAUGCAGUUUUUAGUGGGAACAAGUUUGAACCAUUCUUGAGAAGUGUUGGUAAAGAACAGCCUCCUCCAUUUAGUAUAGGCAAAGCAGAUUAUUUCAAUAAUUUAGAAAAAACAUAUCCACCUGAUGCUAUCAAAGAACAAGAAGACCAAGAUCCACCUUAUGGGAUGUUAUUGGCAAAACCAGGCAGUAGUCCAGAUGCUAAAUUAAUCAAGAGUGGUGAGCAGCUUUCUAUCCUAAGACUUAUAGAGAGAAAAAUGGAUUUAGAAGAGAAGGACCAAGAACGUGAUGAAGAAGAAUCAAAGCCACACGCUAUCACAUCUGGUUCUUCUCAGAAGCCACUAAGAGAUAAGCUAGAAGAGCAAGCAGAAAUAAAACAGAGCCUGAUUGAUUUUAAAAGGUCUCUUGAAGACUGUCUUGUUGAUAGCCUUGUAAAAGUUGUUGCAGUGAAGUCACUUUUAAGUAAAAACAUUGAAAACCUAGUUGCAGAGAGACUCUCAGAAGGAAAGAUACCUGAAGAAUUAGAAGAUAGCAGCUCCCCAGGUGAUGAGAUGUGUUUACUCGAGGAAAGAAAAACUUCUGGAGAGAAGUUUGCAGAACCAGACAUAAGAAAACUGAAAGCUGUUUUGAGUCAAAGUUUGCAGGCUCGCCUUGUAGAUAGAUUGUAUGAACAGGGGAUAAUCUCAGAUACAGAACUACCUGAAAAAGACUGGAAAACUUCUAUUUCUAUUUCUGGUAAUUUGCUCCAGGGAAGGAAAAGCUUAUCCAAGGAAAGAAUUUCACAAGCUGAAAUAACAACAAUAAAAUCACUAAGUGACAAUCGAUCAGGAAACACUGCCAAAACUGAAUCCAUGCACCAUAGUAAAGAAAGUAGUAACGAAAGCCAGCUAGUAGUUACAGGGACAAGUUUAUCUGAAAGCAAAAUGGAUGAUGAUAGAGCACCUGAUUUACCUCUUCAAAGCCAAGGUGGUUCAGUAGAAGGAACAAAUGCAAUGACAGACUUAAGAAAUCAACACUCCAAACAGUCACUGGAAAUCAUUAGAGUAACAUUACCUUUGAGCACAGAACCAGAUAAUGUUAAACAGCGACAUUCCAUUCAUGACGCUUUCCUAGAAAAAAUUUUAAAAGCAGAAAUAACAAGUUUAAAAUCAUUUUUAAGCAAAGGCCUCCAAGAUCACCUUAAAGAUAAACUUUCAGAAACUGGAUUAAGUGGAGAAGACUUGGAAACUGUGUGCUGGAAAUUGUCUUUGAAUGUGAAAGGGGAACACCCAGUUACACCAGAGAAGGAUGUAUUGCAAGAUCACCAGGUUUCCUAUAAUGAGGGUCUAGCUGAAGAGACAUUUGUAGUAAGUGAAAGUGUUCAAAAUCUCUUUCAAGCACUUUCAGAAAAUGAAAUUACCAAUCUAAAGUCUGUGUUGAACAAAAAUAUUCAAGACCAUCUUUCAGAAAGACUUUCAGAAAUAGGAUUGAUCACAGAGGAUGAGUUAAGGAAAAUACUUGAAAACUUAUUUCCAGUGGUGGAAAUGCCAACAAAGGGUGCUGAAGGAUCAGAUUUAUCUGAAGAAGGACCAAGUAUGCAUCCAGCAACUCAAAACCUGCAAGAUAGGUUUUCAGAAGAAGAACUACAAAAUUUAAAGUCUCUCAUGGGCAGACUUCUGAAAGAAGGCCACAAAGACCAACUUUCAGAAUCAGAAGUAAAAGGUUUGACAUCUGUUUUACAGAAAAGCUUUGAGAAUCUUCCCAUACAAAGCAGUAAUGAAACUGGGAUAAGCAAAGAAGUAGAGAUAAAAGAUGAAUGCCAUAGUAUAUCUCUGCCUAAAGUUGAAAAAAGUCCAAGAGUUAGUAAUGCAGAUGUGUCUGACAGAGGAAAAGAUCAUUUAAAGAAAAGUCUUAAUAAACUUUCAAGAGCAGGUGAAAAACAAAGUAUAAAAAGAGAAACUCCAGAUGUUUCUGUAAACAAUAUUUUUGAAGUACAACAAAAGACCCAAGAAACUCAGACCAUGUUUCAUCCCAAAAAAGUGAAACAUAGUUCUAAAAGAGAAUGUCACAGAUUGCCAGGUUACCCUGAUAAUCUAAACAUGCCAAUUGUAAAGACAGGAUCAUUUGAAGCAGGAUUAAAAAGCAGGGCACCUGAUGAACCUCCAAAGAGAACAUCAGAACCAUUUGCCACAUCUUCUUUUUUGAGUGUGCAUGAUAUUGGUAUCCAAACAGAAAUAAAAAGUUAUUUCUCCAAGCCUCAAAACUUUAUUUCCAAGCCUCCCUUUCCAGUAAACCCUCAGACAUUUCUCUUUUUACAUUCAGAGUCAGAGGAAGAAGCAAAGCCAGCAAUCAAACAUCAAAAGCCAAAAUGCAAGAAGUCUGACAGAAAGAAGGAUGCUGGGUCACACCAUCCACAACAAGCCGUGAUGAAUACACAGAGCAAGAAAGACAGGACACCUCAUGGAAACACAUCGAAGGAAAUUUUAAAAGAAAAGGGCAUAAAACAUGGUGAACCACCUUCUCCCAAACUCAGCAUGACGGAAAACCGGAAGGAUUCAAAAACAAUGGGAUCCCCCAGCGGUAUGAGAAAGGAAAGCCUGAAGCAGAAAUCUGAGAAGAAACGAGAUAAUGAGGUUAAACAAAAAAAAUCACUUAGCAAGACUGCUGGCUUGGCUAAUCCACAACUACAGACCCUGUCAAAAAAUCUUCCAGAAAAACCAUCUACAACUAAAUUUCUAACUUCUGGGCGGACAAAAGGAAACACACUGAACACUGCAGGCACAGAUGAUUUAGACAUUGAAGCUUUCAAGCAUCUUGAAAAAGCAAUAGAAAGAGCUCUUCUUGAUUUAGGGAGAGUUGCAGAAGGCAGCUCCAGCCAGGGAAGACCAAAUACUGCUCCAAAUGCUGCUGCUCUCGUGUCCAAAGAGUCAUCCAGGUCAUUUCUCUCUGCAGUUGAGACUCCAAGAAAUCAAGCAGGCUCAAUAUCAGAGAUGCUUAACAAUCAGGAACAGAUCUUAAAAAUGACGCCAGAACAAUUGGAAGUAGUGCUUAAGAUUCUCCAAAAAAUACUGAAGCAGAAUACAAGACCUCAAAAUAAUGGAUGAACGGAAACCAUAUGUAUGUUAACUAGCUAUGUAUGUACAAUUUGUUUUACUUUUUUUCCCCUUAAUGAAAAAUAAAACCCUCUUUGUAUGUACAUUUUUAAAAAACAUUUAAGGAUACCCCCAGACGUUUCUGAACUAAAACUCCCAUUAGCCCCAGCAAGCAUGGCCAUUGGCCACCCACCUGUCAAAUACCUGAUGUAUGGAGAGCAAAAAUGUCCAUUUCAGCUACGGUUUGAAUCCAAACUAUGCCUGCAAAUGAAUAAAGUAGGACAGUGAUAGCAAGCCCCCUCAACCACACCAGGAAAUUCAAUGGGAAACUCCCUAGUGGAGCUGAUCCCAAGCUGGGCUUGCUGUCACUGCUGAACAACUAGCAAAGGAACAACUGGGCGCUCACUUUAAGCUUGGGAUGGGAUAAAAAUCCUAUUCAGUUUGCAUUUAAAGGCAAGUCUGUCCAAUUCACAGUUUCCGAAAUAAUAUGCAAACCAAAACAAAGCCACCUUCAGAAUUUGCGUGUCUCUGAAUUUUGUAGUUCUCCAGUCAA